UAUAUAUCUACCCUGUUUCUGUGCUUCUCAUCUCAGAAAAAGAAGCCUGUGAGUAUUAGUCACAUGCUGUAUAAGAUAUAUUGAACAGGGGGAGACGUAAAAAAACUGCAACCAUGUCUGAAGGGUAAGCAGCCACGUCUUGCUUACUUUCACCACACCCCAACUUACGUAAUACCAGACAUUCAAAAAAUGUAACAAAUUGCACCUUCUCUCUUUCUCUUUUUAAAAUGUGGACACCAACUUCCUACCUGGAUAGACAUGUGAAACCAAAGCCAAAAAUCAGUGCGUCUCGCAGACUGUUCUUGAAGACCAAACUGCUAAAGAAAGCCAUGACGAUGUUUGAAAUUGAAAAGCAAGCCCGAAAAGAUGAACGAGAGAGAAUCCUCGCUGAGAGAGUCCCCGACCUCCAACUGUCAGGCCUGUCUUUGCAGGAUCUACAGAAUAUUUGCAAAGAGCUGCACCAGAAAAUUGAUGUGGUUGAUGAAGAGCGUUAUGACAUAGAUUCUAAAGUGACGAAAAACACCAGGGAGAUAACAGACCUGUCUCAGAAGAUCUAUGAGUUGAAGGGCAAGAUGAAGAGACCGGCUUUGAAGAGGGUGAGGGUGUCUGCUGACGCCAUGUUGGGAGCUCUGUUUGGCGCUAAGAUCAAAGAGUCUGUGGACUUCAAGGCCAACCUGAAGACGGUGAAGAAAGAGGAGGAAAAGAAAGAGGAAGUGACUGACUGGCGUAAGAACGUGGACGCCAUGUCUGGUAUGGAGGGCAGGAAGAAGCUGUUUGACGCCGGGCAGUAG